AUGGUGCCCAAUGAUUCUCCAAGUUCAGUUAAUCUUAAAUAUGGCGGUGAUUUUUUGCUUGGCAUACAUUUCAUAAGAUGUAUUGAAAGAUAUUUCAAAAAAGUUAGGCAAAAGGAUUCUGCUCCUAUAUUGAUUAAUGAUAAUCAAUUGGUUUCUCAACCUGAAUCACGAUCUGAUAGUCAAGAGGAACCCGAAACAGAAACAGAAUCAAAAUCAAGAUAUGUAUCUGUUAACCGUGUACGGAUAGACUUGUCAUAUCUCCCGUCUGAUCCUGGUUUACAACCGAAAAUUUCAGAUUAUGAUCCGAAUGAUCAAGAUGUUGUUCGAAGAGCUUAUCUACUAAAAGUUCUUGAUGAGGUUCUGGUAGAUGCAAAUGGUUCUAAAGAAAAAGGUGAUGCAUUGAUUUUAUUAGAUAGUAUGCGUUCUUUCGAGUUUGCUUUUAACUUGCAUCUAAUGAAGGAUAUAUUAAAGAUCAGUAAUGAUCUUUCAAAAGCAUUACAACGCAAAGAUCAAGAUAUUGUAAACGCUACGACCUUAGUCAAGCUAUCUAAACAGCGCUUACAAAAAUUUAGAGAUUCUGGGUGGCCAUCAUUUCUUGAAGAAGUUAAUUCAUUUUUCCACAAGCACGGUAUAUCAGUUAUUCAGAUGGAUGACGAUUAUGUACCUCCAGGAAGAUCACGGCGAUAUGGGCAGUUGGUUCGUCUUGCUGAGUUUUAUCCAGAUGACUUCUCAGAACAGGAACGCAUAGACCUUGAAAAUCAUCUCGGGGUUUAUGAAAUGGAUAUGAAAUCCAAUGAUGCAUUUAAGGAAUUGAAUGGGAUUAGCAGUUUAGCCAAGAAAAUGGUUGAGACGGGAAAGGAUGUUGUUUAUAAUUUGGUGUACAAGUUUAUAAAGUUAUCAUUAAUCUCGCCGGUUGCUACUGCUACAGUGGAAAGAGUCUUUUCUGCUAUGAAUAUAGUAAAGUCUCGUCUACGAAAUCAAAUGGGCGAUGAAUGGUUAAAUGAUUGCUUAAUCACUUAUAUUGAGAAAGCUAUUUUUAACACCGUCGGUGAUGAGGUAAUUAUGAAACGCUUUCAGAAAAUGAAAAACAGGAAAGGACAAUCAUGA